GUGCUUCUCAAUCCAUCGCUCGCCCCGUGCUGCUGCUGCUUGCUGCUCGCUGCGGUAGCUUCAUCAUCAGCAGCAGCACGCGCUGAUGAUGAUGAUGCCGCUGCUGAUGCUGAUGCGCUCUUCCUCCAGCGCGCGCGCUGACGAUAUUCUCUCAGAGAUGGAAAGGCAUUACGAAGAAGAAGGGUAGCCUCAUCACCGUCGCUCGCCGACAAGCUGGCGGGUGCUUUUCCAGGCGCAAAGAAAUGGCAAAUCGAUGUGGCACUGACGCGGCUGCUUUGCGGUGAUGCACGUCCCUCGCCACGGCAUUAACGUAACGGACCCGCGUGGCAGCCUCCCAGAAGCGUCGCAAUCCCCCCCAAAACAGCGAGAAACAAGUGAGAGAUUUCAUGAGCGGGCUCCUCUCGUUACGAGAUGACCUCCUCGCGUAUUCACGAGGAGGUUGAUGCAGGUCGGUGGCGAGGGAGAGAGAGGCUCACGUCCGGAGCGUGCUUUUGGCCGGCGUGGUGAUUAGAGUGUGCCAUGAGAGCGCCCCCGUACUUGUCAAGAAAUGCUCUCGGAUGUAUAUGAAGAAAUCGAUGGAGUCUCGCACACCGACGGCAGAUAAAUACGCGCGGACAAAAGCGUCUGUCGUCGGCGGAACGACUGCGCGCAAUCGAUGUCCGGUGAACGAUGAAGAGGAAUGCGUGUGUGCAUUUGCUAUUGUGCUUUGAUAUGACUGUAUUUAUAGCUUCGAGCAGGGGAAUAUGUCGAGCAAACCGUGACCAUCUCGUUUAAAUCCGCCUGCUUCCCACCCAAGUUAAUUGCUUCUGGCACACACACACACGCGCGCGCAAAAUAAAAGAUAAGCCACGAGGCAAGCUAAGGACUCCACGAUGUCUACUCGAAUCAACCCCCAAGCUCACAUCAACCACCCAGGAUCGCAAGCCGUGCGAGCGCAAAUAUCUCUUGUCGUGGCUCAAAUGGAGAAGGUCCUGAAAGAGCUGAAAGAGGUGGCAAUGGAACUCAGAGAGGUCAUCGCGCAGAUUGACAAACUUACUGCCAACUUACAUUUGGAGGAGGAAGACAAUGACAGUGAAUCUGUCUCCUCCAGCGACGUGUCCUGGUCCAACAUAACAGGUCUCUACUUUGAAGAACGGACAAUUACCACCAGCACUGCAUCUACGUCGGCAGUUGUAUCAGUGACCAGGUCUUACCAGUCACAAAGGACUAGUUUUAUGGCUCUCGAUGUAGCAAAGGAUGCUACCUCAACCAGCAAUACAUCAAUAGCUCCUGCUCACCAACAGACUCCAUAUUCUUUUUAUGAAACUCAGACAGUAAAUGAAACUGUGGAUAAAAAACAUUGUGCCACGUCGUCUCAAACUGACUUUCAAGUGAGUUAUUGCUCUGGAGACCUUCAGGCCACCUCGAAGGUUAAAGUCGAAACUGCAUCACAACUUUCAGCAAGAAGCGAGCCGAAACACAAAUCGAAGGUUCUGGGUAAAACAACACGUUCUCAUGUCCUAUUAAGCAAUAUUCGAAACCCUGAACAUUGCCAGCAAGCACUGCGAGGGUCUGAUCAUAUUAAUGUGACCAAUGACUGUAAUACUGGAUCGCCACCUCCCAAUGACACGGAGGAUUCUGAAUCCAGAAGGGCAGAUUCAACCUCCCCCAAACACACGUUUUUGAAGAACAACCGUGUCGCUUUUGCAAAUGGCUCAUUGCUGUUAAAUGGCAUGUUGAAAAGCGUGGGAAAUCAAGAGUUAAGCGACGGAGUCCCCAACCACUCUGGAGAGUUUACAACAAUAACAAGGAGUUGCUACAGUGCGGUGUCCCGAGACCGAAUGAAGAGAGACAACUUCACCCAGACCACCAAAGAACGGGUUCGAUUUAGCGACACGGUUGAAUAUCACAGGUUUUGUCCAGAACUUGAAAGGACUAUACAGGUCCACCGUGUGCAAGUGUUUUUUGGUUCAAAGAAUGUGCCAGUGCGUUCCUCUUCCUUAAAAACAGAACAUCCAAAUAGCAUCAGUACGCGCGCUUUUGUGAACGCAAGCACACAAACUGUGUCCUUUCUCAAAGAAGACGCUAAACCCAAAACCAUACUGAGAAAGUCAUUUUCCAGUAAGUGAAUGCUCAUUUUGUUGAUGUACAUUUCAGUAAUGAAUUAUGGCACAAUAACUCAGGGAGUUUAUAGCAUGUUAUGGAAUUUAUACAUGACAAAAAUAGAAUUACUCUUGUAUAUAUAGAUGUUAUUUUAUCUUCUAAAUUGCUUAAAUAUUUUAUUACAUUUCCCUGAUUAUUUUACACAUAACCCAUAAAAAUAAGCACAUCCAUUAAUUACCGUAGAUUAAGUGAAAUAUGAAUAUAAUAUAGAAAUAUUUUUUUAAAUAUAUCUUUUCAUGACUCAGUGUUAUAUGAAUUAUAAAAAGUGCAAUCAUUCCUAAAUCUAUUAUUAUAAUUCAGUGACAAAAUGGCCUUAAUGUAUUGUGAUUUUAGGCUGUGUGCGAGAGUGACCAAUGAUUCCAAAUUGUUGCUGCAGUGUAUAGGAUGAGGAUGCUAUGUGUAAAGAUGAUAGUGAUAAUGCAUUUUUACAAUGAGAUGAAUAAACAUGAAAAAUAAGGUGGUUAACAUGUAGAUUCAGACACCAGAUGUAAAACUGGUUGUCGUGUGCAUGAGGGACAGAGCAGUGAAUUGAUACUCAAUAACCCACAGUAAAAAUAACAUCACUUAAAGUAUUAAGGCCAACUCCUUUCUCCCCUUUGCAACAUCCAUUACACUCUCACACGCUCUGCAUCCCCAAGCAAUCGUCUUCAUCAUGAUGCCCCAUAUGUGAUGUGUACGUGACAUGACAGUCUUCAUGAAGCUGCAUGUGUGCAGAAAUUACAUCGUUGUAGUGGUUGUUUUGUGCAAGAUUCACCAUUGUAUUGUAGCAAAUACCCUGACUAAACACAAAACUAUGAUGUUGGCUGUUACUUUUUCUUCCUGCUUACGAACAUGAGAAUAACAGUGUGAGAAAAUAUCUGAUUACAAUUUAGACAACUUAACAUGACUAUUAUUAACCGUGGUGGAAAUAAAAUAGAUAAGCAGGCAAAUAUGUCCCUGUCAUGUCUCUUUUUACACGUAAAAUAUUUAAGUAUUUUUGUACACGAUCCAACGGCCCCACGGCCUUCUAUGAGCAUGGAGUCAUUCCAAGCAAAGUGGACGAUUUCGGAUUGACAGUAUCUCAUCAGCAUUGAGGCUUGCUCGAAUCAAUGCUGCUGAAUUGUCAGAUGUUGCAGGCAAGGACCUUCUCUUUAAGAUAUGGGUCAGAGUUCGAUGCAAAAUUAUAACACAAAAUAAUCACGAGCGUCGUUGCGGAGAAUGUAAGAAAUUAUAUGGAUAAGCAGAAUGUGUCCUGCAUAUAUUUGUCCCUCCACAAUGACGCACAUGACUAUUUUGUGUGGUGUAAACGUAUAUUUUAAUUUUCCAUAAUACAGGUUUUUUUUUUUGGGUUAGAUUGCAUAAAUAUAUAAAUGUGUCAUUAAACCCGCUUCAACCCGACACAGCCAAUGAGUAAGGUUUGUCACGUAAACAGUACAUGCCAAUUCGUUACUAGUACAGCACACUGAUGUGUUGAAACAAAACAUGCCAAUUCGUUACGAGUCCAACACAUCGAUGUGUUACAACCCUUACUAAUUAGCCUGUCUAUUUACGCGAUCUAACCCAAAAAAACCUGCAUUAUGGAUGAUAUUGGUCCCGAAAGCCUACGUGUUAGUCUAAUUUAACUAUAUAAAAAAAACAGGUCCAGGUGGAUUUUUGCGAGAGAUUUGAUGUUGGAAAAUAAAGUGGACAAAUCCACCUCAGUGCCACUAAAAUAGAGGAAAUUAAUAUAGGAAACAGGGUUUCUGCAAAGUUUGCACAGUAAAAGUAAAGCAACAACGAAUCAAGAAUAAUCAUUCCAUCCACAAGUCUUUAUAUGCAUUUAUAUAUAUGCUGGCCUAUAUUUGCGCAUUGUUGUCAGUGUGAGUGUAAAUAUGUUCAAUUAAAUGUUUUGUUCCAACAUCCACGGAUGCAAUGAUGAUGUGUGAAAGGGGACCUGAAAUAGUAGAGAUGCUGGUUCAUGGAGGACAGGCUGGUAAGGUACCCUACCCAUAUUUACGUGGGUGGUGUGAAAUUCGCCUUUCACCUCAAUCAAUAUUUUAUGGCCGCCAUGUGUGCUAAGCAGCACAGGGUCAGGAUCAGUCCCUGCUUGCCCCCUGCGUGUUUGAAUUUCUUGUGUCUCACAUCUCCUAUGCCUCCUGACACUCCCAUUCCCUCCAACAUCAGACCUCCCAAUGUGCUCCUCACCCCCAUUACCAGGCUUUCCAUCGGUUCAUCUAACCACUCUUCCAGUCACCAGACUGCAUAUGGAGUCUCCAGUAUUGAGUCCACCAUCAGGUCUCCUUUUAUUUUCAGGAACCCCUUUAGUCUCCAGAACCCGUUCAGUAUAAAUUACAGAUCCACUUUUUCAUUUUCAUAUAGUCCACAUAGUCCCCGAUAUUGUGUUACCAGUCCUUCGUUGUCUUCAAAGCUCUCUAUGGCAUUUGAUCACCCAUCAAGCCUUCCCAGACCCAUAUAGUCCCCAGACCCCGCCUAUAUCCUUAUAUUCCCCUCAUAAUUACUGCACCCUAUUAAUAGUAGCAAUGUCACACUCUUCUAUCUCUCCUUGCCAUCCACCAUUUCCCAAUUGUAAUUUGCUUUCUGACGUCAAUGGGCCUAUGAGGUAUAAUGGUAAUGAUAUUCACGAGGUAAUCACUAAUCAUGAAGUGAUGGUGAUUACAUUGGUAAAUUAUUUUAUACUUUAAUGAUGUCUGUGUUUUCUCAAAUGUGCUGAUACAUGUUUUGAGUCUACCAAAGCCAUUUUAGCAUGCACCAUGCAAACACAUUGUAUCUCACUAUACAGAGGGCCUAAUUCAUGUGUUAACAGAAACUGAAUUUCCUUAAACGUGUAUUUAAAUACGACCUAUAAGUUGGUGGGAAAGUGACAGAAAAUCAUCUCAAGCGUCUCCGUCAA